UGAAGUAGAGGCGGAGGAGUACGGACAUUUUAAGCGUUAACCACCACCGACUCGGCUCCCAGCCUCUCUACGCAUAACCAUUAACCAGAGAGUCUCAGACCUCUCUCUCUCUCUCUCUCUCUCUCGUCUCGAAAUCUCGUUUCUCGGGCCCGUUAAUCACGAAUAUCUAUGAAAAUUUCACUUUCUCCUUCCAAAAUUAGUUUUUCCAUUUUAAUUUUCCAACUUUCCGAAUUUCACCCCGUCUUCCGCCAUUAAUUACACAAGUUUUUCCUCCCCAUCUUUUAAUGGUCAGCACUCUCUUCUUUGCUGAAUGAGCGCAGGGAAGAGGCACAUGAGUAACUGUGUUCUCUUCUUCCGGAACAUGAGCUGCUAAAAUCUCUUGUUCUAUUACGCCUGAUUCAAUACUGUUAAGAAGCAAAAUAUACCAAUGUUCCAUUAUUAUAAAGGAAGGAAUUGAGCACAUUGUCUAGGGCUUUAAAAGUUAUGUCUUGAGGGUUGGAUUUCAUGGGGUGAACUCAAGGUAUAAUGGGUAGCUUCCGCCAGGAUGAAGAGGAUUGUCAGUUUUUUGAUGCCCCGGAGAGUAUUGUCCAGCCAUCUGCUGCAAGUCCUAAUUGCCUGGAGUCUAAUGUAUGGGUUGAUCAUUGUGUCUCCAGAAGCUACCAAUAUGAUGUGUGGGUUAGAAGUCCCAAAAGUAUUAGAGAGCGCCGCACGAAAUUCCUUGAAUGGAUCGGAUCUGAUUUAGAUUGCGGCUCUAGUGCCCUCUGCAGAGAGAAUGAUAGAAUUAAUGAGAGCACUGGGGCUGUGCUGAGAAACCCAAUUUUUCAAGGUGAAUUUUCUUGUAGCCAAUCUUCUGUUCCAAGUUCAUCUGUUGAUGCUAUGGGUUCAUUAGAAGAGCCAGGUUCAAAUGAGGCCUUCCUAUGUACAAGUGCAAAUCUGGAUCAUCAAAUAUGCGAUACUAGCACUAUGGCAGAGCACAGAAUGGAAAGUAACCACCAAGGUAUGGCAUUAGAACAGCUGGUGGUGUCUGAAGAGUGUGAGAAUUCUACAGGUGUACUUGGACAUAGAGAGAUGAUACAUGUAAAUGGGAGGAAUCGAAGGGUACCUAAUAGAGUGAAGAGCGGUUGGUUGAAUAGAUUGCGUACUUUCAACUGUAUCAUGGACAGUGAAUGGAGAACACAUUAUAUAGAAUCCUAUGGCUCUAUCCCUGUUCCCAGGGCUAGGGCUCAGAGGGUCAAGGUUCGCCACUGUAAGAAGAGGCUGAAGGAACUGUCUGCCCUUUUUAUGGAGCAAGAAAUUCUGGCCCAUGAGGGUUCAAUCUUGGCAAUGAAGUUCAGCCUUGAUGGGCAAUACCUAGCCAGUGCUGGUGAAGAUAAUGUUGUGCGUGUCUGGCAAGUGGUUGCAGAUGAAAGAUCCAAUGAAAUUGAUAUUCCAGAUUUGGAUCCUUCGUGCAUUUACUUCAAAGUGAAUCAUUUAUCUCAACUGGAACCUGUGGUGAAAGAGAAGGAUAGAAUUAAUAAAUCAAUGGGCAUAAGAAAAACAUCAGAAUCUGCCUGUGUUGUUUUCCCUCCCAGAAUCUUCCGAAUUUUGGAAAAACCGCUGCAUGUGUUCCUAGGGCACAAUGCUGAGAUUUUGGAUCUUUCAUGGUCAAAGAACAAUUUUCUUCUUUCAUCUUCAAUGGACGAAACUGUCCGGCUUUGGCAAGUUGGAUUUGAUCAGUGCCUCCAAGUCUUUUCCCAUAGCAAUUAUGUGACCUGUGUUCAAUUUAACCCUGUAAAUGACAACUACUUUAUUAGUGGUUCAAUUGAUGGGAAAGUUCGAAUUUGGGCAAUUGAUGGUGGUCAAGUAGUUGAUUGGACUGAAAUAAGAGACAUAGUCAAUGCUGUUUCUUAUCGUCCUGAUGGACAGGGUGGGAUAAUAGGCUCUACAACAGGCACUUGUCGCUUUUUCAGUGUCACAGAGAAUCACAUCCAACUGGAAUCAAAUAUUUGCCUGAUCAGUAAAAAGAAGUCACCAAGCAAAAGGAUUACUGGCUUUCAGUUUGUUCCAAGUGACCCGAGCAAAGUAAUGGUUACUUGUGCAGACUCUCAAGUCAGAAUUAUUAGUGGGAACAAUGUUGUGACCAAGUAUAAAGGACCCAGGAAUGCAGGAAACCAGAUUGUUGCUUCUUUCACUUCAGAUGGAAAGCAUAUUAUCUCUGCAUCCGACGAUUUCAAUGUUUAUAUGUGGAACUGCAUCAGUCCAGAAGAAUCUUCUUUGUCUAAACCAAAAGUGAAGUCAUUUGAGUUCUUCUCUGGCAAUGCAUCCAUUGCGAUACCAUGGUCUGGCUUGAAAGUUGGUGAACCAGAGAAUGGACAGUUAUCACAUCGAGUGGAUGAAAACCAAAAUAAUGCAUUGCCCUUCUCUAUACCUUUGGACCAAGAAUUGUUCUUAGAGGCUAUUCCUAAGGGCUCUGCAACUUGGCCUGAAGAAAAACUUCCCACAUCAAGUUCUCAGACUGUGCCAUCUGCAAUGUGUAAAUCUCAAUACAAAUUUCUUAAAAACUCUUGCAAGAGUACAUCCUCUAGUCAUGCUUGGAGUUUAGUAAUUGUUACUGCAGGCGAGGAUGGGCGAAUUAGGUCAUUCCACAAUUAUGGAUUGCCUGUCCCAUUGUAAAGUACUGUUUGCGUCUCAGGAGAUGAAACUAUUGCCGAUCGAUGCUGCCUGAGCCUGCAUGUGAUCUGGGGUUGGGUGGACUCAACAGCUUCACGUUGUCAUGUACAGGAUGCACCAUUUGAGAGUAGGUCUGUGAGUGGGUCCCUUCAGAUGUUGUAUGUCAAAAAGUUUUGGUGGGAGUUCUUUGACCUGUCCUAUCUUUGGCAAGUAGCUAAGGCAUAUGCUUCACACUCGGCUCAAUUUGGGAUUAUUUGAUCUAUAUCUUCUGUCCCCAAAAUAAAUGGAGAUAUGCAUGAGAGAGGGAUGGGGAUCUAUGAAACGCAUAUCUGUUUGAGUUUCCCGUGGGACCUUGUAGAACCUCUUUCGUUUGGUCUCUGGGGUCUGCAUCGAGACUGAGGUAAAGCUGGUGGCUGAUAUUUCCCCCAAGUGGGCAACUCUUCUUUUUGGGCGGGUUGGCUGAUCUAAAUGAUUGAGGUGGUUGUCUGCCAUUUUGGUCUAUUCAUGAUGGGAAGAGCCAUAAGCCUGUUGAGAUGGUAAAGGUGGGCCAUUUACUGCUGGAUUCAACGUGCUGCAAUGCAAUGCUACUGUGCCUGAUAAUCCAGAUUCUUCAUGCUGGGUUGCCGAUACUCUGCUUUCAGGCAAGUACGUUCAUUUCCCCCCGUUGAAUUAGCAGCUGACAAUCCAAGUUGUUCAUGGUGGAAGCCGCUCGACCAUAGAGUUCACUUAAAACAAUUUAUUUAUUUAGCACCAAAUGGUGUCACGGUGGUAAUUGUUGGUGGAUGCCCUUGUAGGGAAGAUCUAGGUUUUACAGUUUUGUACAGAACAAGUAGUAGUCUUCUUGUAUAUGCAUAUAGCCUGUGCAGUCUCUCAUUCAUAAAAUUCCCUAAACCUUGAACCUGGCUAAAGGUUCCCAGAAAUUUUGGCAUGAAAUUCUCAUUUCUCAAUGCACAUUUUGUUCAAUUGGAA